GACCGGUCCACCAAUUGUUGAUCAGUGGAAAGGUUGUCGUGCAUUUGCAGUCUAUAUAACCAGACUGUAAUCCAGAGUUGUCAAACAAUGAGUGCCCGAAUCUCCCGGUCCUGGUUGGCGCUCGUAACUCGCAACUCGUCCGUCCCAUUCCUGUACCAAACUCGCACCCUCACUGCCGCAUACCUGUCCCCCCCAUUCCGCCAGCAGUACUCGACCUCUAGCGACGCCAACGAGCAGGACCAUGAAGCAGCAACAACAACAACAACAACAACAGCAGCAGCAGCAGCAGAACCAGCACAAGAUGACAAGCCCGCCCGUCCAGUCCGGAGGAGCUUCCUACGGAAAAAGGCCGCGGCCGUCACUCAACAGCAGCAGCAACAACAAGCACCCUCUAAACCAGCUCCGCAAAAGCCCGUCACCAUGACCAGCACCGAGAAGCAAAUCUUCGGCAAUCUGCUCGAACAACUCGGCACCGAGCGCCGCCAGCAAUCCCAGACCGAGCUCACCUCAUCCACACCAUCCGCAUCAUCAACGGAAUCAAAACCCACCCUCCGCGACGAAGACAUGGACGAGAUGGCGCAAAUCUCCGCGAUCUUCGACUCCGUCCUGCAAGACAUGAAAGAGAAGCGCCAGCGCAGCGCAGCGCGCACCGAGCGACAGGAGAGCGAAAUCGCCGUGCGAGAACAGAACACCGCCAUUGAAGAGAAGCUCCAAACAGGCGAAUACACCGAUGACGAGCUAGCGGAGAUGAUAUCCUCGAAACAGAUCUCCAUGGAUAGGGCCAUCGAGGCCGUGAUCAUGCGCGAGUCCGUCAGCAUUGAAGCCGCACUCUGGGACGCUAUUGAUAACCGUCGCGGAGAUACCGCUAUCUGGGAGGUAUGCAAGGAGCGGAUCUUUAAUAUCCUGCGACACUUGGACGAUGAGAAGAAGGGUCUGUUGGGCGUGAAGGACGAAUCUACUUCGGAGAGUUUCCUCGCUAUUCCCCCUGUCGUUCCCACUGAACCUGUUGUCACGGAACUCUAUCCCAAGAUGCUCCUCGUCGCGUUCAAGCUCCUCAAUCUGCAUUAUCCCGAAUCGCAUCUGAUCAGUCAGUUCCGUGCCACGAUUAAGUCUAUGGGUAGGGCGUCGGCUGUUCUGGGUGGGUCCACGGCUCUUUAUAAUGAGUUUAUCUAUUUCUAUUGGCGCGGAUGUCAUGAUUUGCCGGGUGUGGUGUCGCUGCUUCGUGAUAUGGAGGUUACGGGUGUGGAACCGAAUCGGCGUACGUGCGGUCUGUUGCAUUCGAUCAAGAAUCAGAGGGAUCAUGAUCUGAGGAAUCAUUGGCGGAAGGCCAAGGUGGAGGGCAAGCAGGGGAAGUCGAAUCGUGAGCCGUGGUGGGAUUUGGCGCCGAAUCGGAAGGCAGUCCGGGAGUUGUUUGGGGAUGAGGGGUGGGUGAAGAAGUUGGAGGGGAGGGUGAAGGAGAUUGAGAGGGCGAGGGAUUAUUAA